AUGAUUUUAGCAUUUUUCUUUUUAUUUACUUCCUCUUCUUUAUUAAAAGAUAGGCAAGUAAAUGUUACUCUUGAUGGUUCUUGGCCAGAUACUCCAAUUCUUGCCGAAGCUGCAGCAUUUAUUGCUGAUGCAAACGGAGAAGCGUAUUGGACUUUCAUUAAUGGCCUCCAGAAAGUUGAAAAAUACCCAGAAACCAUCGAAGAAAUCAAAAAUUAUGCUUUAAACUUUUUAACAGAAGAACUUCGAGCAUUACUUGAAUUAUCUUUGCUCACAAGAGCUUAUAGUCCAAGAAUCGAGAUGUUUCGUGAAAUACUCCGAAAUCAUACUAAAGAUAUGAACAAAUUAGCCGCUUUUUACGCUGAUAAAUUAUAUUAUACUCAAGAAGAUCUCAAAAAUGCAAUUGAAGAAUCUCCAAAAAGUCGUCCUUUAGUCUACUCAUACGAACCACGUAAUGGAAACUUACGUGACACAAUUAUUUUGUAUUCUCUGAUCAAUGAUUCAGCAUUAUUCAGUUGGAUACAGUUUCUCGAAGAUCAGGAAGAAAGCGUCAGCUUUAUUUACCGUCCAGUAGGCGAAUUUACCACUACUCCAGUUAAAUUCCGCGGAUAUGGAUUCGAAAUGCGUCCUUUCAACUAUACAAUGACAUAUUCUAAGGAGUCAGACGAAAACAUUAUCCAUGGUGAAGAGACGCCAGACACAGAGCUCUUCAUUAACAAGAAAAUUGUUCCUGGACCAAAUGUUCCUAAAGCAAUGGACUUGGCAACCCAAUUAAUACAAUUCGUUAAGACUACUGAUGAUCCUUUCAAGUCGUUACUUGAAGUUUGCGAGAAUUUCCCGUUAUAUGCUGAUAAUAUCUCAAGAAUUCCAGCCGCAAAAUCACUUCGCGACAAGAUUUUCGACAGAUUAGAGAACAUUAUAUCAGGUGCUUCUGCAAUUUACGUAAAUAACCGCGUAGUUCUCAAUCCAGACGUAUAUCAUAUUUUACAAGCGUCACUUGAUGAACUUAGAAUAGCACAGAUGUUACGAGAAUACUUUACUUUGACUCCUGAAGCCCAUAACAAGAGUCUUUCCUUGAUACAACGCACUCGACCGCCAAAAAGAGUAAUUGUCGACUACCAAAGUGACUUUAUCUUCAAUUUAAACGAUAUUGAGACAGGUAAGAUCUACGAGAACUGGACAACGGACCUUUCCAGCCUCAGAACGACCAAUCCCCAGAAUAUUAAGCGAAACAUCUUCAACGCCGUCUUCUUUAUUGACCCGUUGAACCCAUACGACAUGAAAACAUUGAAAUUCAUGGACAACCAGACCCGUCUUCGCGCUCCAAUCCGCUGGGGAUACUUUGUUCAGCCGAGAUCAACAAAUAAGUUGUCAAAAAGAGUCAUGAACGCAUGGUCACAUAUCAGACUACGCCAUGGAUUCAGACAAGCCCAUCAAUUCCUUCUCGACGCCGCUAAAGAAAUGGUAGAUGAAGAAGAUGAACCAAGAAUUGCACAUUUCAAUGCCGCUUUAGCCAAAAUGGGCAAGAAGAAGACACUUACUGACUUCGAUAAGUUCGAUGCGCAGAGUAGAGAGAAGAAAUACCUGAAAAAGAUGAAGAAUUUCCAAGAAAGACUCGGUAUCCAUGAACAAGGCUGUUUAUUCAAUGGCAGAUUCUAUCCAGGAGAAAGCCAAGAAGAAAACAUCGUCCAGUUCAUGCGAGAUUCUCUAAAAAGACUCCGUAAAAAGAUGGCAGAAAAAAUUCUGAAAAAUUCAUCGAUAGAAACCGUUUCAGGAAUUUUGACAGGUGAUGAUGUUUUCAACAGGUACAAUCCAUUGAUACAACACACCGACAAAUCGCCAUGCGAGUUCAUUCCUUUGAUCAGCCAAUCCUUCUAUUUCCAGCGAGAAUUCAUGGAAUGGUCGAAGAAAAUCAGAUACAACCAAGAACCACAAAAAGUGAAGUUCAAUACGAUAUGGGUUUUCGUUGGCGAAGAAUUGACAGGAAGUUUAGAAUCCAAGCACAUUGCAUUCCAAACAGAGGAAUGGCUGAAACAAGGAAUCCCUCAGAACACGAGAUUGGCAUUUUUCUCUGAAACAACAACAUCAAACAUUAUAAGGAAUUCUAUGCCUCCUCCUUUUGUCCAAGAUCUUUUGAAGUUGCAGCCUGAUGAAGUAACAGUUGUAAUGAAUGGAAGAGUGUUGAGAAUGAAAUCGAGAAUGAUCUUUAAUUGGCAUCUCGAAGACUUCAAUGUUUUGAUCAAAUGGGAAUAUCAUUAUUCUGUUUCGAUGAUACAAAGUUAUUUCAGUGAAGAUGUUGCUUUGAACUACGAAAUGCUUGGAAAUCAAGUGGAUGAUGUAAACACUGAAUUCCAUUCACAACUUGCCUUUUAUUUCUCUUUGAUUUACGGUAUGGCAAGUCACACAAGAAUCUCAAGAUAUCCAUCAGAUAACAGAGUUUUCAAACCAUCAAAUCCUGCAGUUAUGAACUAUGAUAACCCUGAUUCUUUCGUUCAUUACGCCAUCAUGUUAAACCCCUUCGAAUUGCCUUUCCAAGCCAUUGCUCCCAUUGUCCAAUUUCUCAGGAAUUCAAAGGCUUUCGAUGUGAAAAUCAUGAUCAACUUCCCAACGAAAGACAUCGACCAAUUCCCUCCUAAUUUAAGAGCUUAUCAUAGAUUCCUUUUAUACGAUGAUUCAAUACAAUUCGACAGAUUUGAAUCGCAAACUGUUUAUUCAUUGAUGCCACAUCCUCCUUAUAAUUGGAUGGUUGAACCUGUUUCAGCUCCUUUCGAUUUAGAUAACUUUAGACCGAGAGAAGUUAAUCCAGGAACAACAUGUUCCAGUUACAGAUUGACAUCGAUUCUGUUGGAAGGAUCAGCAUUGGAUGAACAGUAUAUUCCUGUCCAUGGAUUGAGAAUUACUUUGGAUAUGGAUAAGAAGGGUUUCCAUGAUUCUUUGUCCAUCAAAACAAUGGGAUAUUUCCAAUUGAAGACACAACCAGGUAUCUGGGAAAUAUCUCUUGGAGAAGGACCAUCGAGAACUGUUUAUAACAUCAGUUCUCGCAACCAAUUCUCUAUUUCUAGUUUCGUUCCUCCGUGGAUGACAAUGAGAGUUAAUCACAAUGAUGGAAUGAGUAGAUAUACUAUUUACGAACUUCCUAAGAACUUGAAAUUGUCAAUGUCAAAUGAUACAGAAACAGUGAAUGUUUUCGCAGUUGUUUCUGGUUAUUUGUAUGAACAUUUAGUCAAAAUCAUGAUGAUUUCUGCAAUUAAAAACACAAAGAAUCCAAUACAUUUCUGGUUCUUGAAGAACUUCAUUUCUUCGCAGUUUAUGAACGAUUUACCGAAAUUUGCGAAGAAAUACAACUUCAAGUACAGUUUUGUUGAAUACAACUGGCCAAGUUUCGUUGUCCAUCAAAGCGAAAGACAAAGAAUCAUUUGGGGAAAUAAAAUUUUGUUCUUCGAUGCUUUGUUCCCUAUGAACAUUUCUCGAAUGAUUUAUAUCGAUGCCGAUGCAGUUGUAAGAGGAGAUUUAAGUGAACUAAUGAAGAUAGACUUGAAAGGAUGUCCUUAUGGAUUUGUUCCUAUGGGAAUGAGUCGAAAAGAAAUGAAGAAAUAUCAUUUCUGGACAACAGGAUAUUGGAAGAACCACUUGAGAGGCAAGAAAUACCAUAUUUCUGCUAUGUUUGUUGUUGAUUUGGACAGGUUCAGAAGAAUGGGAGGUGGUGAUAAACUGAGAAAACACUACUCACAAAUUGUAGGAAAUACAAAAUCUUUGGCAAACUUGGAUCAAGAUUUGCCAAAUGAUGCUCAAGAUGAAGUUCCUAUAAUGAGUUUGCCAAAGAAAUAUUUGUGGUGCUGCACUUGGUGCUCUGAGAAAGAAAAGGAUAAGGCAAUAAUCAUCGAUUUGGCAAAUAAUCCAAAGACAAAAAUGUCAAAAGUUGACAUGGCCAAGAAGUUCAUCGAAGAAUGGCCACUUUUGGAUGAUGAAGUCAAACAUAUCGAUGACCCUGAUUAUUUCUGUUCUUAUGAUUUGAAGAAAAUAAGACAAGAACAUACAGAAAAGGUACAAAAAGCUAUAGCAGAAGUACGUGCGAAAAAGCUUGCUGCUCAGCAAGAAAAGAAGAAGAAAGCUGGCGUAGAAGAUGAUGAUGAAUUGUAA